AUGUUCUCGACCAUUACGGCUGCGCCGGCCAAGCAGUCGGUGAGCGAAACCAUCGCCGUCCUCAGCGGCCGCCUCAACACAGCAACCCUCCUCGAAGACCGCCGCGCCGCCAUCCUCGGCCUGCGCAGCUUCUCCAAGCAAUACCCGGCCUCGGUUGCCUCUGGCGCUCUACGAAGCCUCAUCGGGAGUCUGAGCCGGGAUGGCGAGGAUGUCGACACGGUCAAGGUCGUCCUCGAGACCCUGCUGAUGCUCUUCAGCCCCAACGAAGACAGCCCCGAAGCUUCAGAGGAGAUUGCGCUAUGGCUCGCCGACGAGUUCACCCAGCGCCAGGAGAACAUCACGCUGCUGCUCGACCUGCUCGACACCACCGACUUCUACUCGCGCCUCUACUCGCUCCAGCUGCUCUCCCACAUCCACUUUGCCCGAACAGAGAGAACCGAAGAAUGCGUCCUCGUUGCGCCCCUGGGCAUCCCUAGGCUGGUUGCCGUGCUCGACGACGGGCGAGAGGCGGUCCGAGAUGCUGCCAUCAGUCUGCUGAUCGACCUUACCGCCGAAUCCGUGGAUAUCCAGAAACUGGUGGCAUUCGAGAAGGGAUUCGAACGCAUAUUCGACAUCAUCACCAAUGAGGGAGGUCUUGUCGAGGGCGCAAGGGUGGUGGAGGAUUGCUUGAUCUUGCUGGCGAACCUGCUUCGUCUCAACUCGUCCAACCAGUCCAAUGUCAGGGAGAUGGGAUUCAUCGCACGGCUUGCGCAGCUAUUAAGAAGUGCUUACAAGGGCAGCACAGACGAGGAGGAGGUUGCGCAGUGGGCUGAGGAGCAACGAAACAGGAACAUCUAUGCUUUGCUUGCGCUGAUACGUCUGUUUUUGGUCCCUGGCGCGGCUGGAACCCCUGCGAACCAGAUCGCAUUCUUGAACGAUCGUGUACUUGAAAAUACUCUCCAGCUGGGAUUCACUUAUGGCGUUGACCUUCCCAUAAGAGUGGAAGCGCUCGCGGCUUGCGCAGACAUGAUACGUGGUAAUGCCAGGCUACAGGAGAGGUUCGCCGGGCAAGAGGUUCCCUCUCCGCUUGCAAUGAACGGCCAAGGCCCUCAUUCCAACGGGGUGCCAAAGGUCUAUGUUAUUGACGGUCUACUGGACCUUAUCCUGGCCGUCAACUCGCUAAUGGAGUUCGACUUGCGCAUGGCCGCCUGCAACUGUCUAAAGGCCUACUUCAACAACCAUGAGGAGAUUCGAAAGCAUUUCCUCACGAGAGCUAUCCAGGGCCACAAGAUGCAGGCAGAUGAGCUUACCAACAUCUUCACAACGUUGCUCCAGCCAGUGCCAGAGCAGGUCACGGCAGAUCCGUAUAGGUAUUGGUUCGCCGCUAUGCUCAUGCUUCAUCUGGUCCAUGAACUCCCCACGACGAAGCACCUGGCCAUGGAGGUCACCGAGGGAGAUGAGGCCAGUGGCGAAGAAGUGGUUACAAGUAUCCAAACCGUUGCGUCCCAUCUUCUCAGAAGCGUGGCUAGGAACGAUGAUCCUCGCGUCAUCAUUGGUUAUCUAAUGCUCCUCCUGUGCUGGCUGUUCGAGGACCUGGACGCAGUCAACGAUUUCCUAGGGGAGUUCACCAACCUCCAGGGGCUCAUCCAAGCGGCUGUGGAGAACCCCAACGGCGACAUCAUCGUGCAAGGCCUCAGUGCCAUGCUGAUCGGUGUCGUGUACGAGUUCUCAACCAAAGACUCUCCCGUCCCCCGCGCCAAGGUACGCGAAAUGGUCAUGUCCCGCAUGGGCCGCGAUCGCUACGUGGACAAGCUGACCAGGCUACGCUCCUACCCCUUGAUGAGGGACUACGAGAUUCUUCCCCAAAGACUCGACCUCAGUCUCGACCAGAAGCUCCCCGACGUGUACCUAGAUGACACCUUCGUCGAGUUCUUCAAGGACAACUACAGCCGCAUCAUCCGGGCCAUCGACCGCGACCCCGGGCUCGAGAUCUCCGUCAUCACCAACGGCGUGCAAAAGGGCAUCUCGCGUGAGCUGGUCGACUCGCUGCGCGCCCAGCUCGAAGAAAAGGACCGAGCACUCGAAGACUUCGCCGCCGAGAAAGCCAGGCUCACCUCGCAGCUGGGGCAGGAACAAGCCGACCACCGACGCACCAAGGAGCAAACAGCCGCCGACGUGCACCGCGCCAACGAAGCCAUCGAGCACAUGCGCGUACAGCUGGGCGCCAAAGACCACGCCAUCCAGAACAUCGAAGCCCUCGUCGCCACGCUCAAGCAGAACCUAGCCAAGGAGCAAGCCGAGCAUCAGCGCUCUCGAGCAGAAGCAGCCCGACUCAAGACCGUCAACGACGGCCUGCAGCGCGCCCACGAGCAAGAGCUGAACAAGCUCGCCAAGGAUCUUCGCACCAAAGAAGACGAAAGCCGAAAACUCCUCGAAGCAGCCCGCCGCGAAGCCAAGAACAAGGAGGACGAGCUGGCCAAGCAGCACGCCACCCAAAUCGAGUCCCUGAAGCGCGACCACCAAACCAAACUCGAGUCUUACCAGCGCGACCACGCCACCAAAGAAUCCCAACUCCUCGCCCAAAUCGAAACCGCACGCAAAACCGCCGAGCAAGAAACCGAGCGCGCGGCCCAGCGGUUCGAGGCCGAGAAAGCUGAUUUGAAGGCGACGAUAAGUCGGAUGGAGGUGGAUCUGAUGAAAGCGAACAAGGCCAAGACAGAGUCACAAAACAAGAUGACGGAAUUAGAAACUGCACUACAAAAAUCCGGCGACGCGCUGAGCACCGCGGAGAAGAAGUUGGCUGAGGCGGAGAAGGCCGCCAAGGUAACGGGGGAGAAACUGGAGGAGCUUGAAAGGAAGUUGAAGGGGGUGGAGGAGGAGAGGGAGGGGGUGGAGAGGACCCUAAAAGAAAAGGAGGAUGCAGUUGCGGAGGUGGAGAGGACCCUAAAGGAGAAGGAGGGGGAGAUGGUGAGCAUGAGGGAGAGGUUGUUGGAGGGGAUGGAGAAAGAAAAAGAGGAGGCGGUUCAGAAGGCUGUGGAGGAGGUUAGGAAGGAAAUUGACAGCAGCCUCAAGGUUAACGAUAAGACUGACGCAGCAGCUACCGAGGCCGAGAAGGCAGCAGCUAUUGAGGCCGCCACCACCGCAAAAGCGAGCGAAAUCGAAAAGCGUCUCCAGAAAGAAAAGGAAGACGCCCUAGCCUCGGUGCGGAAGCAACUCGAAAAAGAAAGGGAAGAAGCCGUUGCCAAGGCGGUGGCCAAGGCCGUAACGGAGGCGGUGGAGAAGGAGGUGAAAGAGAAGCUGGAUGAAGAACUGAAAAACGCGCAGAGCGAGCGGGACGAUUUGCUGUUGUUGUUUGAUGAUUUGGAGGAGAAGAGGCAGAAAUAUAAGGAACAACUUAAGAAGCUUGGUGGUGAGGUUUCUGAAGAUGAGGUGGAGGAUGAUGAGGAGGAAGAAGAAGAUGGCGAUGGCGAUGAGGAGUAA